UAUUCUGAAGGUCUUACAGCAUUAGACAAUCAAGGAUCAUCUGUUCAGAUAAUACAAAAUAAAGGUGAACCACUUUCAACUAGUACAUUUCAAAUAUUACAAAGAAUUUAUAGACAAGAAAUUGAUAUUAAAAAUAUUGUAGAAUUGGAUUUGAAAAAAGUUUCUUAUGGUCGUGGUCUUAGACUUUGUAAAAAAGCUCUAAAUAUAGUGAUCACAAAUGGUUCUAAUAAAACUUUAGAAGAUAUAUUACAACAAUUUAUUGAUAAACAAAUUUCAGGUAAAGACCAUUCUGCAAACAAAAGAUACUUAACAAUGAUUGAAGAAAAUAAUAGCAAAAUUGUAGUUUGA